AUGCCAGCCGGGCGCAGGAGAGGUGAAAGGAGAUACCUUACACCUGGCUGGAAAGGAUUUCUCAUCCGAGGAACAGGGACCAAAAUGGCCGUCCAGGAUGACUCCAAAUCUCAACAAGAUUUCACCUGGAUCGUGAAGGCGAACGACAGGGCAUACCAUGAGCAGUUCCACACGACCUACGCCUGGUGUCUGAAGAAGAAAAAAUACGCUGGCAACGGCAUCAAGACGGCCAAGUAUAACGUCCUCACUUUCCUCCCGCUCAACUUGUACGAACAGCUUCAUCGGCUGGUUAAUUUAUACUUCAUCUUCAUUAUCCUCCUGCAGACUGUCCCCCAGAUCUCCACGCUUCCGUGGUUCGCUCUCCUCUUCCCCCUCACGCUCCUGCUUUCCAUCAGAGGUGUCCGAGACCUGAUUGAUGACAUUGGCCGUCAUCAUAGCGACUGGGAGAUCAAUAGCCGCCCCUGCGAGAUUUUGACGGGGAAAAGUUUCAUCCAGAAGAAAUGGCGGGAUAUCUGCGUGGGUGAUAUCGUCUGCCUCCGUAAGGACAGCAUUGUGCCUGCGGACCUCCUCUUGCUCUCCAGCACAGAGCCAAACAGCCUCUGCUACGUGGAGACGAUGGACAUUGACGGAGAGACCAACUUGAAGUACCGGCAAGCUCUCUUGGUGACGCAUGAGCAGUUGACCAACGAUAGGAGCAUGGCUGACUUUGACGGGGUAAUCACUUGCGAGGAGCCGAACAGCCGGAUGCACAGUUUCGUGGGGACUUUGGAUUGGCGCGGAGAGAAAUAUUCCCUCGACAGUGAGAAAGUUUUGUUGCGGGGCUGCAAGGUGCGCAACACAGAGGCCUGCUACGGCCUCGUCAUCUAUGCAGGCUUCGAUUCCAAAAUCAUGAAAAACUGUGGGAAAAUCAAGUUGAAGAAGACCAAACUCAGCCAUCUCAUGGAUCGCCUGGUGCUACUGAUCACCAUCUCACUCUUCCUCAUCUCCUUCGGCCUGGCGGUUGGAUCCGGCGUCUCUGCCGAGAGGUUCCAGGAACAGCACGUCUACCUCUUUGCUUUCUACAGCACCACCAGCUCCAUCCAAUACGCCUUCUUUGCCUUCUGGGGGUUCCUCAUCCUCCUCAGCCUCGUCAUCCCCAUGUCUAUGCUCAUCACGUUCGAAUUCAUAUACCUGGUCAACAGUUGUUUCAUCAACUGGGACAGGGAAAUGUAUUACGCCCCAAAGGACAUGCCAGCGAAAGCUCGGAGCACCAGUCUGAACGACCAGCUGGGGCAGAUAGAAUACGUCUUCUCGGAUAAGACGGGGACGUUGACCCAGAACAUCAUGACCUUCAAGAAAUGUUGUAUCAACGGGGUGAUAUACGGUUCGCAGAACAGCGCUCAAGACAAGUCCAUGGAGACUGAUUUGAAGUGGAACAAGUACUUGGAUAGUAAGCUGGAAUUUUACGACCAGCAGCUCCUAGAAACCAUCCUGCGAAAUGACGACCCCAUGGUGAAGGAAUUCAUGCGGCUCCUGGCAAUCUGCCACACCGUCAUGGUGGAGGAGAAAGAAAAUCAGCUGGUCUACCAAGCUGCUUCACCGGACGAGGAAGCCCUGGUGACCGCGGCCAGGAACCUGGGCUACGUCUUCCUGUCUCGAACGCAGGACACGGUCACCAUCAGCGAGCUCGGGGUGGAGAGAACCUACAAGGUGCUGGCCCUUCUGGACUUCAACAGCGUCCGCAAACGGAUGUCCAUUGUGGUGCGGGACCCUGAAGGCCAUAUCAAACUUUACACUAAAGGGGCAGAUACUGUGAUCCUUGAGAGACUCCACAGACAGCGUGCGACUGAAGGAUGCACCGUCAAGGCUCUGGACACUUUCGCGGCCGAGACCCUGAGGACUCUGUGCGUGGCGACGAAAGAUGUGGAUGAGAGCGAGUUUUCCCUGUGGAGUAAGAAACAUCAUGCUGCCAGCGUCUUGCUGCAGAAUCGAGCCCAAGAAUUGGACAAGGUUUACGAGGAGAUCGAGAAGGAUCUCAGGCUCUUGGGGGCCACGGCUAUCGAGGACAAACUGCAAGACGGGGUUCCUGAAACCAUUCAGCUUCUCAAAAGGGGAGACAUCAAAGUGUGGGUGUUGACGGGAGACAAGCAAGAGACUGCUGUCAACAUUGGCUUUGCCUGUCGACUUCUCACGGACGACAUGACUAUUCUGGAGGAGAGCGAAAUCAGCGAGAUCCUGGAGCCAGGCUGGUACAGCAACAGCAGCUUAGCUAGUAGUGGAGAAGGCCUCUGCAAAGAAAAGUCAUUUCUAUCUUUCCCGGCCUCCCUGCCGCAUGGCAAAAAAGCAUUGGUGGUCACCGGAGACUUCCUGGAUAAAAUCUUCCACACAGAGGGAUCGACCACGGAGGAGCAGAACCUGAGCUGGCGCCAGCGCUUAGGCUGCUGCCGCGACAGAACCAAGAAGGACCAGGAGAAUGCGAUGGAAAAAGCCUUUGUGGAACUGGCCACCACCUGCCAGGCCGUGAUUUGCUGCAGGGUGACUCCCAAGCAGAAAGCCCUCAUCGUUCAGAUGGUCAAGCGCCACAAGAAAGCCAUCUCCUUGGCCAUUGGAGAUGGGGCCAAUGACGUCAACAUGAUUAAAACUGCCGACAUUGGGGUCGGGAUCAGCGGACAGGAAGGGAUGCAGGCUGUUCAGUGCAGCGAUUAUGCCCUGGCUCAGUUCCGCUACCUGGAACGACUCCUCUUUGUCCACGGCCGGUGGUCCUACCUCCGCAUCUGCAAGUUCCUGCGCUACUUCUUCUACAAGACCUUCGCCGGCAUGAUGGUGCAGAUCUGGUUUGCUUUCUACAGUGGCUUCACAGCGCAGCCUCUGCUGGAGGGCUGGUUCCUUGCCCUCUACAAUGUCUUCUACACUUCGUACCCCGUGUUGUGCAUGGGCUUGUUUGAACAGGACGUGAGUGCCAAGAAAAGUUUGCAAUUCCCCGAGCUCUACAAAGCAGGUCAGAAAGACCGCUUUUUCAAUUUCCGAAUCUUCUGCCUCUGCUUCGUUCAUGGCUCCUUCGUCUCCUUGGCGAACUUCUUCAUCACUCUUUGGGCCAUGGGAGACCAUUCUGGCACCCACGUCGUCGGCGACUACCAGUCCUUUGCCAUGGUAAUAGCAACCGCUGCAAUAUUAACCGUCAUUGCCGAGAGCAUGAUGGAAGUCAAAUUCUGGACCGUCUUGACCGUGUUGGCUAUUGUCGUCAGCAUCGGUUUCUACUGCCUUUUCUCCUAUAUAACUCAAAGCUUUCAAGCCUUCAAGACGGCCCCUGUAGCUUUCCAGUUUCCAGCUGCCACCAAGAAUGCGCUGACAGACCCACUGUCGCUCUUUGUGGUCCUGCUCUGCGUUGUGGUGAACACGAUCCCCUCCCUCACCUUCCGUUUUGUGCGGAGUUUUGCGGGACCCACAACCAUGUCGGAGGUGCUGCAAGCCCGGGACAUGCAGGAGAAGCAAAAGGCAGUGGAACUGACCUCUCACAUCCGAAGGAACUCGCACCUGAGACGUUCCAGCUAUGCUUUCUCUCACAAGGAAGGUUACGCAUACCUCAUCUCCAGAGGUGCUAGUCUACGGAGCAAGGGCCCCCGAGUCCGCAGCCAGCUGAACGGCUUUGGCGGCAGCCCCAAAUACACCCCCUCUGCAGAUGGUGCCUCUGAUGAGAAGAAAUUCCAUCUCUGUUGACCAGGAGAAGAACAAGGCUUUGGUGUGUGUGUGUGUGUGUGUGUGUGUGUGUGUGUGUACCAGUAGCCAUAGGGACCAGUGUCGGAUAAUCUCCAUCCCCUUGGCAUCCGAAGAGGGCUCCCGAGACUGGAAGCGCAGCCCGCAGGAGAUCGCAGCUCUGAGUUCGAAUCCCGGCACACCGGACGUUCCCUUGCGCGGAAACUGCCGCCGUUCUCGCACGGGCGCCGGCAGACGUUGAGCGGUGACUCUGCUAUGCUCUCGCACCGUAACUGUGGUGUGAAAGAAGACGUCGACGUUGCAAAUACCCUCUGAAACUUUAUUCAGAAAGCAUUCCAAUCGACAACCACGGGUGCCUGAUUCUUAUGGUUGUUUUUUUAAUUCAGAGGCACCGAAUUCAGAGGCGCCGGCAGAAAGGAGAGCCCUCUAGCAAAGUGGGGCUUAUCCCAUUCACUUCUGAGCACAGGGGUCAACUCCUAGGGGCCAAUGGAUAUUUGCCCCCCUCAAAAAAAAAACAAUGUUUGAGGAGGCUGGGCCCAGCAAAGUUGAUGUGCCUUGCUAUUCAAAUGGUGUGUGUGCACCUCAUCAUGUGAUUGAUUAUUCAGGGAGGGGCUUGCCUGCCCCCCAAUAUUUUAUUCAAGUUGGCCCCCCUGUUUCUGAGCGCCCUUCCAGGGGAUACGUACCAGCAGCGGCCGGAACUAGAGGCAAGUGGACAGAGCCUCAAAUGUAAACUUUAACCUUCGACCCGUAGGCCAGUUUCUGCAAGCCCUCGCACACCCCUCUCUAUCCUCUAGCCAAAGAAUCAAAGUAUUGUACAGUUGGAAAGAACACCCCAAAGGGCAUCUAGACCAACCCCUUGCAAAUGCAAGAAUCGCAGGAAUUAUGUUUGUGCCAAAAACACCUCUUAAGAACACGAGCAUGGACUUCCCGGGGUCCUCUUGAACCCGGCACCCUGUUUCAACAAUGACCAACUCCAAGUGUUUUUCUGGGAAUCGCACAGCCAGGACUCCGAAGCUGACACACAGCCGCCGUCGCUGGCUGGUAGACUGUCUCCGAAUUUGGAGGUCCAGCCCAGCUGUCAUUCCUAACCCAAUAAGAGCCCUGAUGGAUCCGACCCGAGUUCUGUCUAAUCCAGCGUUCGGCUCCAAACUGCCGGGUGUCUGGGAGAAGCUCGCAAAUGGACUGCGAGGGCCACUAGCCUGCCUAAGUUGCUGGACCUCAUCACCUGAUGCUUGGAGGUAGACUGCCCCUAUAGCUGGGCUUUGUAUGUCCAGCAGCUUUCAAUACAGUGAUGCCUCUCAAGAUGAAAAGAAUCCGUUCCGCGAUUCUCUUCGUCUUGCGGUUUUUUCGUCUUGCAAAGCAAGCCCAUUAGCAGCUUAGCGGAUUAGCGCUAUUAGCAGCUUAGCGGGCUUAGCGGGUCAGCUGAUAAGCGGCUUAGCGGCUUAGUGGAUCAGCUGAUAAGCGGCUUAGCGGCUUAGCGGAUCAGCUGUUAAGCGGCUUAGCGAUCAGCUGUUAAGCGGCUUAGCGGAUCAGCUGAUAAGGGGCUUAGCGAUCAGCUGUUAAGCGGCUUAGCGGCUUAGUGAUCAGCUGUUAAGCGGCUUAGCGGAUCAGCUGUUAAGUGGCUUAGCGGCUUGGGAAAGGGGGGGGGAGGAAAAAAACCCUGCAGGAACUCGCAAGACAUUUUUGUCUUGCGAAGCAAGCCCAUAGGAAAUUCGUUUUGCGAAGCACCUCCAAAACGGAAAACCCUUUCGUCUAGCGGGUUUUCCGUCUUGCGAGGCAUUCGUCUUGCGGGGCGCCACUGUAUGUGCCUGGCUGUGCUUGAAGGUAUUUUUAAGCACCGCAUCAUAAUUUCCAGGGGGGCUCUUUUCCUCUGCAACAUUAGUUGUUUUCAAUCAU